AUGGAUGAAGCGGAGACUAAAACAUGUCAAAACUGCAAACGCGAGAUACCGGCGGUGAACUUCACUACCCACUCGGUCCACUGCGCUCGCAACAUCCGCGUAUGUCCCGUGUGCAAGGAGCCCACGCCGCUGGCGGAGCUGGACGCCCACCAUGAGAAGCUGCACAGGCUGUUGCCCUGCAAGCAGUGCGGCGAGAAGAUCUGCGGAACGGAUAUGGAGGAUCACAUAAGGGACUCCUGCGCUCACACCAUCAAGUCUUGCAGGUUCUGCGAGCUGGAGGUGUCCCGUCGCGAACUGCCACACCACGAGGGCUACUGCGGCGCCCGAACAGAGCAGUGCGCCGACUGCAAGGAGUGGGUGAUGAUGAAGUACCGCCAGCUCCACCUGGACUCCAACCACGGUUUCCUGCGUCUAGACGACGAUCCCGUACCGACGCCCAGAACUGGCGGUGCGACGUUCACGCACUUCCCGAAGCUGGGGGACUGGCCCAAGCCGGCCCAGCCAGCCACCGGUUUCAACAGACCCCUCCCGUCGAGCAGCGGUGUAGGCGCCGAGAGGCCCUCCAUCAAUGGCCACCAGAGCACCAACUUUUCCCAAGCGCGGCCCCGAACGGAGAUACGAUACUUCAACAACACCGCGGCGCUGGGAACCCCCGCGCCGGCGACUUCCGCUGCGGGCGACGGCGCGGGGAAUCCCAUCGCGAACGUUCUCAGGCCCCUGGACAAUUUGAACCUGAAACCUCUGCCGAAGAGGAACAACCAGCCCCAAGCGUUUACCACAGCGCAGGACGACGUGAACAAGUCGAUUUCCCGUGGCGCGGUGAAGAAGCGUCUAGCGCCGAAGCCGCCUGUCUCUGCUUCCUCACCAGCUACCUCCAGUACGGCACCUGCCAGGGCUGCCACAUCAACAGCGUCUGCGUCAGCAAAGCCCGGCCGCUCGUCGCCAGUUAGCAGCCCUGAUGACUCGCCGACGAACAUCCUAGAGCGCAAGCUGACCCUCGAAGACCAUCGGAAGGCGCACAACUCUAGCCCUGCCGAUUGUCAGCCGUACUCCGUCAAGCCGGCGGAGAAGUUGGAGAAGCUCUGGCAGACGGAGUUCCAGCACUCCCGCCGCUCGCCCGAGGUCCGGGGCGAUCUGCAGGCCUGGCCCGCGCCAGGAUAUGCGCAUAGGAGCCAGAGGAUCGAAAUGGACAGGAGGAGGAACGAUCUGAGGAACCUCAAGCCGAUGACGGCUGAGCAGUUCGCGAACCGGUUCAAGGAGUUGCGGCUGGUGAAGGAACCGGCGGGGGCGGCUGAGAGGAGGGAGGUGCCAGAGUCGGGUGACAGGUUCAGCGAGAUCAAGUCCUCGCUGAAGCAGCUGAGGCGCGGCUUGAACGAGGUGAUAGCACCCUACAAUAUGAACACGAACAACAACAAUAUCAACGCGGAAGAGCGCGCGGACAACUGGCGGCCGGGGGGGCGUGACGGCGCGGAGGGGGCCGGCGGCGGGGGCGAUGGCGAGGGCGAGCGGGAGGGCGACGAGGAGGGGGCUGUGGCGGCGGCGGGGGCGGGGGGCGUGGGCGACGGGCUGCAGGGGGUGCGGCUGCCGUGCGAGUUCUGCGGCGCCCCAGUGCCCGCCGGCGAGCUGGUGCUGCACCAGACGGGCUGUCGGCCGAACCUGGCGCGGUUCGCGGGCGGCGGCCGCUCCCCGCCGCUGGACAACGCGCGCGCCGAGCCCGUCAUCCCGUGCGAGUUCUGCGCAGAGUCGCUGCCGCUCUACCUCAUCAGCGAGCACCAGGAACGCUGCGGCCGGGAGGCCAAUCUUCUUUUUCCAGAC